AUGGCACUGGACUCGACUGCUGGAGGCGCAAAGGUCCAUGCCGCCUGCGAUGAAUGCCGGAAGCGCAAACUGAAAUGCUCCGGCGAGCCUGUGGGAUGUACCCGCUGUACAAAGUACUCGAUACCAUGUAUCUACUCGGUUCAGAAGCAGAUGGGCCGACCCAAGAAACGACAGCGACAGGACGAUGAAGCCGAGGCAGGCACCUCCUCGUCACAGAAACCACAAUCCUACAUACUCGACCCCUCCCUCUCCGCCGCCGACGCCGAGCGCAACCAAUUCGAGAACAUCUGCCCGGGACCUAUGGGACCCGGCGCUAUAAGACAGUCCCGGAACGCGAAUGCCUCUCUCGAGAACACCCCUCCGUCAGAUCAUCCUCGAACGCCCUCCGACAGCGACAUUUACAACAUUCCGUACCCCACCGACUACUCGAUAUGGCCUGACUUUACCGAAACCACAGUCCCUAUACCUCUCCAGGAAAACACCUACACCACCCCAGACAAGCAUCCCGUCAACAACACCACAACACUUACUCACCGCCCUUCCAAUCCCAACCCACUCCCCGACUGUCCCUGCCUUCCGAACCUCUAUCUCACGCUCUCGACCCUCAGCACCCUCUCCGCCUUCCCCAUCUCCUCCCACACAAUCACCACCCUCUCCUCCGCCCACCGCACAGCCCACAGCCCAGAACGUCAUGCUGUCCAACACCCUCCUCACCGUCCUCGUCGACCAAUGGCAGCGCGUCCUCAAACAGCCCGCGACAUCCUCGAAAAAGGCUUCAGCGCCUCCCCACCUUCAGCACACAUGUCCGCCCUCACCGAACUCGAAUGGAAGACCUUCGCAUACGACUUAGUGAGAGCACACGUAUUCGGUGACCGCACCGCAACCCCACCACCUACACCGAACCCAGCACCAGAUGCGGUGCCCCCACCCAACAGCCAAAUCAUCCCCCUAAUGUCCCUCGCAGACGCGAUGGAGCGAAGACAAAACCAAUGGCACGACCACGAACCCGAAACAGGCGAGUUCGGGCAGAAACUCGCCCACGACUUCCAAAUGGGCAUUCACGCCAGCGGCUUCACGCUCGAGGAUCUGCGGCGGAUGGAGGGCGCCAGCGCGCUGAGCAGCGUGCAAGGGAGGAGGCGGAGCGGCAAGGAGGCGAAGCGCGGCCGGGCGAUGGGAGUAUAA